AUGUUUGAGUAUCAUGACUCGCCAACCGCCGCUCAUGGAGGUAUUCAUCGGACUUUGCAUCGUAUACCCCAGCAGUUCUAUUUCCCUGGUGUGAGACGCCAUAUCACCGAUUACCUGAAGACCUACACUGAGUGUCAGUGGUAUAAGUCUUCCAACUUGAAACCGCCUGGCUUACUCCAGACUCCGGUACCGGCUCAACGAUUCGAGGUUAUUGCCGUCGAUCUCUUUGGACUGUUACCCAAAGGACCUCAGGGUGAAAGGUGGAUUUUGAUAGUUGUGGACACUGCUAGUAAGUGGUUCGAACUCUUCGCUCUAAGCGAGGCCACAGCCGAAACCUGUGCGAAAACUCUUGUUGGUCAAAUCUUUAUGAGAUAUGGACUUCCUAGGCGGAUGAUCUCUGAGAACGGUGUCCAGUUUGUGGCUGAUGUUAUGCAGAAGGCUCUGUUAGUCCUAGGUGUUAAACAGAACCUGGUGCCUUUGUAUCACCCAGAAGCGAAUCCCGUAGAACGGAAGAAUCGGGACCUUAAAGCUCACCUCGCCAUUCUCGUUGAGGGUAACCAUAAGCAAUGGUCUGAGGUAUUGCCUUUCGUCCGAUUUGCCUUUAAUAGCUCAGUCACCGUUUUUACAAGUACCACUCCGGCUUUCUUGACAUUUGGACGUGAGCUCCGUUCUCCUUUGUCGGUUCAGGCUGAUCUACGGGCGGUCAUCAAGUCUGAAAACUUAGACCCUCAGAUUACGCCUUACCUUUUGAAGCUUGCUGACUCACUCUCAGAAGCUAAGGAGAACAUUGAACAUCAACAGGAUCUUCGUAAGCUCCAAGCCGAUUCCGAUCGCCGUGAUUCGGAUCCAUUACAAGAAGGUGAUUUCGUACUCAUGAAGUCACAUGUCUUGAGUAAUGCUGCUAAGGGUGUUACUUCUAAAUUCAUCCCGAAGCAGGAUGGUCCGUAUGUAAUCUCCAAACAGGUGAGUCCAACUACUUACAUUCUAACUUCGCAGAAGACUGGUGAAGUCGUUGGUAAGUAUCAUGUGUCGGAUCUACGUAAAUACCAUGACAGGGGUGGUGAAGAAUGUCCGGAGCCGGUCGCUCCUAAGCGUCGUAGGGGUCGUCCUCGUAAGGAUCGCUGCUAG